GUCGAUAUUUUAGGGUUUGAAGAAGCUCCUCGCUGAAUACUCUCGGUGCUUUCCGACCAUUGCCCUUUCGACUUGCAGGCUUCGGUUUGAUCAUUGUGAAUCGGUACAGUGCUGCAGCCCAUCGACGCCAGACAAAAGUGACUGUAAGAGUUGAGAGGAUUUGGUCGUGAGUCGCACUGCGUGCGGAAGCUUAUGACGCUGUGCGGGGGUGUUUAGGGUGGUGAGUGUGAGCUUGCCAGGGUUGUAGUUGGUGGAUUUGAAAGGGUUGGCAACAAUGGCGGGACGGGAUACGGACAUGCGGAGCUGGGCGGACCUGUUGCAUAAUUCGUCGCAGCUUCUGCAUUCCUACACCCCUUCUGCUCCGCUCCCGCCCAUCCAGAGGAGCUUGGAACAAUUAGAGACGUUGUCUCGACAAUUGAAAGCUCGCACUUCCCGUUACGAGGCUCCAAACGAGGCAAUCGCUGCAACUAGAUUGCUUGCUCGAGAAGGUAUCAGCGCCGAUCAACUAACGCGAGAUUUGAAAUCAUUUGAACUCAAGACUUCCUUUGAGGAUGUAUUUCCCGUGGAGGCUACAAGUGUGGAGGAGUACUUGCAGCAGGUACAUGAAAUGGCCAUGGUGUCAGCAAUUCAAGAAGCUCAGCGGGACAAUCUCCGCAGCUUUGAUUCUUACAUGUUGAAGGUGCUGGAGGAUGACUGGAUGAAAGAAAAACGAGAGUUCUUAAACAACUUAAGCCGAUUACCACAGGCUCCAUCAAAUGUAGGUCAAUCAGCAAUUACAAAUGCCAUCCAGCCUUAUCAAGGCUCUACUGCAAUUACUCCGAGAAGGCUGCAGGACACUCCGCGUGGACAGGAAAAUGUGUCAGCACAACAAAAUGUUGUUUCAAAAAAAGCUGCAGCCUAUGCAAAUGUUGUAAUGAGACUCAAUGAAGCAAGAGAGCGUAGUUUGCCUUUUAAGGUUGCAACUACAAUGAAAUCAGCAUAUGAGAGCACAGCAUGGGAGACUACAACAUCUAAGUCUGUGACCUUGACAAAGAUAUGGCACCUAAUGCAGUCUAUUUUGAGUGAAGACAUUGAUAUGCCAUCCAAUGUUAGCAAAAAAGCUUGCAUGGUAGCUGGCUCUAGAAGACACUUGGAAGCUGGUCAUGAGAAGUACAUACUAGACACUAUCCACAACCACCCUGCCCAGGCAGCAUUGGGGGGCUCAACUGGGAACUUGCAGCGCGUUAGGGCUUUUCUUCGUGUACGCUUGCAAGAUCAGGGAUCUGUAUUGGACUUUGAUGCCUCAGAUCUGCAAAGACAGCCUCCUCUGGACACUACAUGGCAUCAGAUCUACUAUUGUUUAAGAUCAGGUUACUAUGAUGAAGCCUUAUUGGUAGCCCAGCAGUCCAGGCUGAGCCGCACAUUUGCUCCACAGUUGUCAGAGUGGAUUUCCAAGGGAGGUUCGGUUUCUCCAAAUACAGCAGCUGCUAUUUUGGAGGAGUGUGAGAGAAUGGCUCGAUCUGGGGAUAGGGCAGGGAGAGGCGGAUAUGAUAAGAAAAAAAUGUUGUUAUACACGAUUGUUUGUGGGAACAGGCAGCAAGCCGAUCAUCUGCUUCGGGAUAUGCCAUCCCUAUUUAGCACCAUCGAGGAUUUUCUGUGGUUUCGUUUGGCCUUGAUUGGAACGUCAUCUGAAUCGUCUUCUCAAGGACGGCCAUCAGCUGAUGGGUCAACCUCAUAUACACUUGAAGAACUCCAGGGUUAUCUCACGAAGUUUCAACCCUCUCAUUACACAAAGAAUGGCAAGGAUCCUUUGGUGUAUCCUUAUGUGCUCCUUCUGAGCCUACAGUUCCAUGCAGCAGUUGUUUAUAUGAUGAAAGAAGACAAUCACGUUGACAGUAUACACAUUGCGAUUACAGCUGCAGACUAUGGUUGUUUUUCUGAAGGAAACAAUGGGGUGAAGAAGCUAGGAUCUAUGGAUGCUGCUUCCGAGGUAGCCAGUAUUAUCAGACACUAUGCGUUGGCUUAUGUUAGGCAGGGCAAUAUGCCUUUAGCAUUAGAAUACUACGCCCAGGCGGCAGCAACAGUUGGCGGAGGAGCGGUGGCGUGGAGUGGUCAUGGCAACAGCGAUCAGCAACGGCAACAUCAUCUGCUGCUUAAACAGCUCAUGUCAGAACUUUUGCUUCGAGAUGGUGGCAUUCCGCUGCUGCUUGGUGGCAGAGGAUCUGGUGCCGAGGGCUCUUUGCGACGUUUCAUACCUGACCCGCAGAGCCAGCGCAAUUUACUGAUGGAGGCUGCUCGACAAUGCCAGGAAUCUGGCUUCCAUGAUAAGGCCGUUGAGCUACUGAAGCGCAUUGGAGAGUUUGCCACAGCCUUGGAGAUUGUUAACCAGUGCUUAUCUGAUACAAUUGCUGCUAUGGCUAGUGGCCGUGGUGAUGGUGACACCAAAUCUUCAGGACUCAUUCAUGCUGGCAAUGAAAUACUUGAGGGGUUCAAAGUGGUUGGAGGUUCCAGUCUGCCAAAUUCAGAACAAGUUGCAGCGCAACAGACUGCUUUUAGGCAGUUGGAGUCAUUGCUUACAUUUUACAGAUUUACUCGAAGCGGGAGGUACAGUGAUGCCUUAAUGGAACUAGCCAAAUUGAAUUUCUUACCCCUUGGCACUCGGACUCCUGAGAGCAGCGCUGAAGCUUUGCGUUACACCUCACUCCAUGUACAGGCUUGCGUUCCUGAUCUUCUUAGAGAAGCUCUCACCUGCUUGGACCAAGUAAAUGAUGCAGAUGGAACUGUUCGGAGAUUGAAGUCAAAGAUUGCAAACUUUAUCGCAAAUUCGUUGCCAAGAAAUCUGCCUCAGGAGCUGUAUGAUCGAGUGGCACAAAUCCUAUGAGGUUUAGAGUGAUGUCAAUCACAGACGGCAAUCUCCAUCAGAGCACACCGGGGCUGCACAAGAUGGCACCAUGCGAUUUUUCUUUUUAAGUCAUACUGCAAUUCUGAGUGCUUAGUAUUCACCGGGUUUCUUUCUGUAAUAUAUGCCCCAGCUAAACUGGACAAGAUUGUUAUGUCAUGACAGUAAAAUAUGCUUCAUCCGAGGUAUAUCCUCAGUUCGCUAUAAAUUCCGAAGGGAAGUAGAGUUUUUAUCCUGAAUUUGACGGAUGUCACUGUGCGAUCGAAUAGAUACCAACACCGGGAUGUUUGCACGACAUUUUUCUCUGCGCCAACAUCAGAGAAUGUUUAUUAGGAUUUCUAUGUUAAUUUGUUUUAAAGUAUCUGAAAACUUUGCCCAUUACGAAAACA